GCUUAAUUAUAUUUAUUUAUACAUACUUAAAUUGUUAAGAAUUAUUGUGAUAUCCAGUAAUGUAUAAGUCUUACUCUAUGAUGCAGUUGUCAUUGGAGUUUGUGUGUUUCUUGUCCCAUUGACAAUGUCAUCUACUGGUUUGAUCCCUUGGGUCGUCGUCCAAGCGGUGAGAUGAGGGGCGUUUUCAACACGGCUUUAAAGACUUAUUAUAUAACCGGUGGGAAGCGUUCCGGGAAAAAUGGCUCAACAACUUGGAUAUAUCCUAGUUGUGCUAAGCAACAAGGGCCAACAGAGUGCGGAUAUUACAUUAUCCGUUAUAUGUUUGAGAUUAUUGAGAGCGGAUGUAUUACAAAAUUUGAUGAGAUUUUUGAUAAUGAUUGUUCAUAUACUAUUGAUGACAUUAACUUCAUCCGAGACCUUUUGGCACACAACUGCUUCAAGAAUUGUGGUCCAGGGAUUGAGCAAGUUUAUGUUUAG